AUGCGUGGAGUCGACCGGUGCUUCGACUACUAUAUUGCCCAGAUAAAACACGCUGUCACUGAUGUAACGGAUCUGCUUUUUCAACUGGAUAUCCAGAUUCUCCAAAAAGGAUUUUCUAAGCAAGACUUCACGUUCAAGCCAAAGGUCCACCUUCUGCAUCAUAUCACUGAUGACAUUGUUCGUUUCGGUUCCAUGCUGCAAUACGAAACUGAAAAUGGUGAACAGUUUAAUAAGUUCAUCCGCAAACAUUUAUUCAAGACCAACUGCCAUUCCACCUCUCGAGACAUCGCUACAAGAUUUGGCAAGCAAUUCAUCUGUUGGCAUCUUUGUAAUGGAGGAUCGUAUGUCGUAGAGAAACCAGUUGGUAAUGGAACAAGAUCUGUGAGAAGUUCAAUUGGUAAUUUUGUCAAGCUGGCCCCUGUCAAUUUCCCAGGCUUUAAUCUUCAUUUCUUUGGUUCUCGUGUCAACAGUGACAAUUCCGGGUUGUCAACUCCCACUUUGUGUAAUACACUUGCAGGUGUUUUUCAAUCAAAUAGUCAAUUAUUCCUUGGUCAGGCUGUUGAUAUUCACUUGUCCGUUGGGUCUUCCAAUAACCAAAAGUUCCUCAAUGUUGCAAAAUUCGGCAUGUUCUGGUGGAUGUUGAUGAACAUUGCAAAAAUCUAUUAA